AUGUGGUAUUUACAAUGUGAUGGUUUUCUACUUCCGACAGGACCAUGCCUUGCUGGUUAUUGGUGCAAUGCUGGGGCAUCCUCUCCAACUCCAGUAGAGGGCCUCUCUGGUUCUUUGUGUCCGCCUGGUCAUUACUGCCCCACGGGCACAACGGCUCCUUUGGUUUGUCCCAAAGGAACGUGGUCCAACAGCUCAGGCCUGCACAGACUGGAGGACUGUCAGACCUGUCAUGGAGGAUUUUAUUGUGACUCUACUGGCCUUACUGCUCCUACAGGACGCUGCAGUGGCGGGUAUUAUUGUCUCGGUGGGGCUGUCACACCUUCUCCCGCUCAGGGAGUCACAGGGGGAUCUUGUCCUGAGGGUUCCUACUGCCCUGAAGGAACCGCUGACCCCAUACCUUGUGAACCAGGGACUUAUGUUGCUGUAACACAUGCCACUGAGUGCGAGGCCUGUCUGCCAGGCUGGUACUGCGUGACUGGCUCCUUGCAGCUCUGCCCUGCAGGGUUCUACUGCCCGGAAAGAACCGGCUAUGACGUAAGAAGCUGUCCACCGGGAACAUACGGCCCUGACCCAGGAUACUGGUCCGUGUCCCAGUGCAAGCAAUGUGACGUCGGCCAUUACUGCUCCUCCACAAACGCCACAGCGGUCAGUGGAGCGUGUCAGGAGGGAUAUUACUGCUGGCGUGGAAACACCUCCCCCCGCCCGGUCUUACAGGCUGCAGGUGACCGAGCGUCCUUGGCAGACAUGUCCCACGCAUUUAGGAUCUCCAACCGUCGAGAAUAA